AUGCCCACUAAGAGCACCAAGAACGGUUGCGGUGGAAAGAAGGUGCGUAUCGGUAAGAACUGCGCCGCCGCCGAGAAUGACCCGCACUUCACGGGCGCGCACGGCACGCGGUUCGACUUCAACGGGCUGCCCGAGAAGAACUUCUGCCUGUACACGGAUCGCGCGGUGCACGUGAACAUGGGCAUGCGCGGGUACCUCGACUCGCGCUCCACGCAGAACGCCGCCCUCGUCGUCAACGGCUCCGCCGUGCGCACCUGGAUCCGCCAGCUAGCCCUCAUGUGGACUGACGCCGCCGACAGCGACAACACCGUGUCCGCUAAGCCCGCCACCCACUCGCUGGUGCUGACGGCGCGCGACGGCAAGGAGCAGCUCCGCGGCGACUCCGGCUUCCUGGCUUCCGCGGAGCUCGACGGCACGCACCUCCCCCGCCUCGCGCCCGGUGAAUCGCGCAGCCUCGCGGGCGGCAAGGUGUCGCUGGAGUUUGUUGGUGAGGAGAAGACUGGGCCGUACGACGUGGACCACUACUACCUGCGCAUCGACGGGCUCCUGGAGUUGGACCUGAAGCUGCGCCCCGCACACCCUCUGCUGCAGACACCUGACGACGCUCAGGUGCACAUCAACGUGAUGUUCACUGACGCGAGCGCGAGCAGCAGCGUGCAUGGCGUGAUGGGGCAGACGUACCGCGGCGGCAGGGAGGCGCGCACGGUGGAGUUCUCUCGGCUCGCUGCCAUGCUGCACCACCCCGUGUCUGCCGAUGGCGCGGAGGGCAAGGGCUUCCUGGACGGGCAGGUGAAGGACUAUGAGACCAGCGCCGUCACCGCCACUGACUGCCGCUUCUCUGCCUUCAACGGCCAGGAGCUGCGCUUGCUACGUCACGUGCCCUCUGACGCAUUCGCGCCAUCGCAUACCGGGUGCAUUCCCCAUUCCGCAUUCCCCAUUCCGCAUUUUCCAUUCCGCAUUUUCCAUUCCGCAUUCCCCAUUCCGCAUUCCCAAUUCCGCAUUCCCCCUUCCGCAUUCCCCCUUCCGCAUCCCCUCUUCCGCGCCGCCCCUUCCGCGUUCCCCCUUCCGCAUUCCCCCUUCCGCGUUCCCGCUUCCACAUUCCCCCUUUCGCGUUCCCCCUUCCGCCAGCCCCCUUCCGCAUUCCGCCUUCCGCCUUCCCCCUUCCGCGCUCCCCCUUUCGCGGUAACCCUUUCGCAUUCUCCCUUCCGCAUUCCCCCUGCCGCAUUCCCCCUUCCGCGUUCCCCCUUUCGCGUUCCCCCUUCCGCCAGCCCCCUUCCGCAUUCCGCCUUCCGCGUUCCCCCUUUCGCGGUAACCCUUUCGCAUUCCCCCUUCCGCAUUCCCCCUGCCGCGUUCCCCCUUCCGCGUUCCCCCUUCCGCAUUCCCCUUUCCGCAUUCCCCCUUCCGCAUUCCCCCUUCCGCCUUCCCCCUUCCGCCAUCCCUCUUCCCCCUUCCCCCUUCCGCAUUCCCCCUUCCGCCUUCCCCCUUCCGCAUUCCCCCUUCCGCAUUCCCCUUUCCCACUGCAGGCCACACGUUGUACCCUUGCAGGCCCCAUGUUUCCCCCUGAUGGCCCCAUGUUUCCCCCAGCAGGCCCCCUAUUCCCCCCAUGCCAGACCCAUUUCUCCCCCCUGA